UUCUCCCUCCUCUGUCGGCCUCGUCCUUGUCCCGCGCGCUCCACCGCCGCGCGCAAAGGAAAAUGAAGUGGUAACGGGCCCGCGGAUGACCCCGCGUCGUCACUGUGAGGCCUACAGCUCUGCCGGGGAGGAGGAGGAGGAGGAAGAAGAGGAGGAGAAGGUAGCUACAUCAAAUUGGGUGCCAGGCAGAUCCAAAGGAUAUCAUGAAGUUUCCAGGAUCUUUGGAAAACCAGAGGUUGUCUUUCCUGUUGGAAAAGGCAAUCUCCAGGGAAGCUCAGAUGUGGAAAGUAAAUGUGCCCAAAAUGCCUACAAAUCAGAAUGUUUCUCCAUCCCAGAGAGAUGAAGUGAUUCAGUGGCUGGCCAAACUCAAGUACCAAUUCAAUCUUUACCCAGAAACGUUUGCUCUGGCUAGCAGUCUUUUGGACAGGUUUUUAGCUACCGUAAAGGCCCACCCAAAAUACUUGAGUUGCAUUGCAAUCAGCUGUUUUUUCUUAGCUGCCAAGACUGUUGAGGAAGAUGAGAGAAUUCCAGUACUGAAGGUGUUGGCAAGAGACAGUUUCUGUGGCUGCUCUUCAUCUGAAAUUCUGAGAAUGGAGAGGAUUAUUCUGGAUAAAUUGAAUUGGGACCUUCACACGGCCACACCCUUGGAUUUUCUGCACAUUUUCCAUGCCAUUGCAGUGUCAAUUAGGCCUCAGUUACUCUUCAGUUUGCCCAAACUGAGCCCAUCUCAACAUUUGGCAAUCCUUACCAAGCAACUCCUCCACUGUAUGGCCUGCAACCAACUUCUGCAAUUCAAAGGAUCCAUGCUUGCUCUGGCCAUGGUUAGUUUGGAAAUGGAGAAACUUAUUCCUGAUUGGCUUCCUCUUACAAUUGAAUUGCUUCAAAAAGCACAGAUGGACAGCUCCCAGUUGAUCCACUGUCGGGAGCUUGUGGCACACUACCUUUCUACUCUGCAGUCUUCCCUGCCUUUGAAUUCCGUUUAUGUCUACCGUCCCCUCAAGCACACCCUGGUGACCUGUGACAAAGGAGUGUUCAGAUUACAUUCCUCCUCUGUCCCAGGCCCAGAUUUCUCCAAGGACAACAGCAAACCAGAAGUGCCAGUCAGAGGUACAGCAGCAGCCUUCUGUCAUCAUCGCCCAGCUGUCAGUGGGUGCAAGCAUACCUCUGCUAAACGUAAAGUAGAGGAAAUGGAAGUGGAUGACUUCUAUGAUGGAAUUAAACGGCUCUAUAAUGAAGAUAAUGCUUCAGAAAAUGUGGGUUCUGUGUGUGGCAGUGAUUUAUCAAGGCAAGAGGGACAUGCUUCCCCUUGUCCACCUUUGCAGCCUGUUUCUGUCAUGUAGUUUCAACAGGUAUUACCUUCAAGUGCAAAACUUAAGGUCGACUACUCUGGGAAGGGGAACUUGCAGAAUCAGGAAAGGAUAUACAAGGGAUAUAUAUAUACCUUAUCAGGCUGAAUUGAAGUGAGCCAGAAAA